AUGGCCACAGACGUCGAGAAGAUUGGACAUGUCAACCCUAUCAUAGAGGAACCAGAGUUCGAUGCCAAGGAGAAGCUCGCCCUCGACCAGGUCGACGGCGCCCUCGCCUUCCUCCGUAAUGAGGCUGACGCAUCCAUUGCCGAGAUCAAUGAGAAAAAACUCGUCCGCCGGAUCGACUUUCUCAUCAUGCCCAUGUUGUUUGGUGUCUACAUUCUCCAGUAUAUCGACAAGAGUUUGAUCAACUACGCCAAUGUCAUGGGAUUGAGUAAAGACACUCACAUGAGUGCUGCCGAUUUCUCUUACCUGGCCACCUUCUUCUACGUCACUUUUGCCGUCUUCCAGCCGGUGCAUGCCUACCUGAUGCAGAAGUUUCCGACGGCCAAGUACCUCGCCGUGAAUGUUUGUUUGUGGGGUGUUGCCUUGGCUGUGCACAGCGCGUGCAGUAACUUUGGCGGACUCAUCGUUGUUCGAUUGCUUCUGGGUAUGUUCGAAUCAGCCAGCGCGCCUUGCUUGAUUCUGAUUACCGGCAUGUGGUACAAGCGUUCAGAACAGCCCCUAAGAGUGGCCAUCUGGUAUCUGGGUGUUGGUGGAGGAACCAUCGUCGGAGCCCUCGCCUCCUUUGGCUUCCAAUACUACCACGCAGACACAUUCAAAUCGUGGCAGAUCAUGUUCCUUGUAUUUGGCAUCAUCACUGUCGCCUGGGGCAUCAUCGUCUUCCUGGUCCUGCCCGAUUCGCCCAUGACGUCGCCCUUCACACACGAGGAGAAAGUCUUCGCCAUUGAGCGACUACGUGAAAACAUGACCGGUAUCGAGAACAAGACCUUCAAGCGGCCACAGUUUCUGGAGACCAUCUUCGACCUGCGCACGUGGCUCAUCGCGGUCAUCAUCAUCGCCGGCAACGUCCCCACCGGCGCGUGCGGCGUGUACUCGUCAACCCUGAUCAAAGGCUUCGGGUACACGUCCAAGCAGUCGGCCUUGCUCAACAUCCCCAGCGGCGCCAUUUCCAUGAUCGCCGUAGUGUCCGCGUCAUGGUAUGCGGGACGGUUCAACAACCGUGGCUACGGCAUCGUGGCUCUCCUCCUCCCCGGUGUGCUGGGCGGCGGCCUGAUGGCGUUUCUCCCCAAGAGCGACAAGGCGGGGAAACUGGCGGGUAUCUACCUGACCCAGAUUUUUGGACCCAAUCUCUCGAUGAUGUACUCCUGGGCGGCGGCCAACUACGCCGGACAUACUAAAAAGGUCAGCAUUAAUGCUAUUAUCUUGUUCGCAUAUGGUGCGUCGAACAUCAUUGGACCACUCACCUUCACCGGCUAUACGGCCCCGAACUACAUCCCCGCCAAGGUAGCGAUCAUGGCCUGCCUAUCCCUGGCCAUCGUCACCGCGCUGGUCCUGAGGUUCUGGUACGUCUGGGAGAACAAGCGCCGGGACCAACUGGCGGCGGCCGAGGGAUACGUCCAUGUUCCGGACACCGAGUUCAUGGACUUGACCGACAAGCAGAACCCGGAGUUCAGAUACGCACUGUAG